AUGUCCACCCUCGCCGUCCGCUCCCUCGCUCGCUCCACCCGCACAGCAGCUCUCCGUCAACGAGGAGCUCCACUAUCCACCUUGUCCCGAUCAGCAGCUCGUCAAACCUCCUUCCAAUCACGAACUAUCCUAGCAGCGACAAACCAGGCCUCAAGAGCCUUCUCCACAACCAUGAUUCCCAAAUCCGAUGCCAUGGCCGCCCCGGCAGCAUCACAAGAGUUCGACAAGGAAAUCGUGGACAUGGCAAGCUACGCCACGAAUUAUAAAGUCAACAGUGAUCUAGCUAUCGACACUGCCCGCUUCGUCUUCCUCGACACCCUUGGCUGCGGCCUCAAAGCCCUCGAAUUCCCCCAAUGCACCAAACUGCUCGGCCCCGUCGUGCCCGGUACCAUCGUUCCGAACGGAACACGUGUGCCAGGAACGCCCUACAUCCUCGACCCCGUCCUAGGAGCCUUCAACAUCGGUUCCCAGAUCCGCUGGCUCGAUUUCAACGACUGCUGGCUAGCAGCCGAAUGGGGUCACCCAUCUGACAACCUAGGUGCAAUCCUGUCCGUGGCGGACUGGGUGAACAGGACGAACAAAUCCGGCUCAGCGGAGAAAUUGGCUGGAGGCAAGAUCUUCACUGUGAAGGAUGUGUUGGAGUACAUGGUUAAGGCGCACGAGAUCCAGGGCGUGAUGGCGUUGGAGAAUAGCUUCAAUAAGGUCGGACUCGAUCACGUCGUUCUGGUCAAGUUGGCGAGCACCUCCGUCGUGGCGAACAUGCUUGGGCUCUCGGAGGCUCAGACCCGUGAUGCCAUUUCCCAGGCUUGGGUGGAUGGCCAGAGCAUGCGCACAUACCGCCACAGCCCAAACACCAUGUCGCGUAAAUCCUGGGCUGCGGGAGACGCCUGCCAGAAAGCCGUGGACCUGUGCUUGAAAGUGAUGAAGGGCGAGGGAGGGAUGCCGACCGUGCUCACAGCGCCCACCUGGGGCUUCUACGACGUCAACUUCAAGGGCGCCAAGUUCGCUUUCCAGCGCGAGUAUGGCUCCUACGUGAUGGAGAACGUGCUGUUCAAGGUCUCUUACCCGGCUGAAUUCCACUCCCAAACUGCGAUCGAGGCUGCGCAGCGCUUGAACAAGAAGUUGAAGGAGAUGGGCAAGACGGCAGAGGACAUCGAGGAAGUCACCAACCGGACCCACGAAGCUUGUAUCCGCAUCAUUGACAAACAAUUCAAGCCCAUGGACAACUACGCCGACCGCGACCAUUGCGUGCAAUACAUGGUGGCCGUCAUGUUUGUCUUCAACCGCCUCGUAGCAAGCGAUUACCCCGACUCAAGCGAAGCCGCUCAAUCCCCUCUGGUCGAGAGUCUGCGCCAGAAAAUCAAGUGCGUCGAAGACCCUGCGUUCACCAAGGACUACCAUGAUCCCUCCAAGCGCACGAUCUCCAACGCUCUGACCGUGCGACUGAAGGACGGCACAACGCUGGAGGAGGUGGUUGUGGAGGCGCCGUUGGGACACAGACUCAGGCGUGAGGAGGCGAAGCCGGAGAUCCUGAGCAAGUACCUUAAUCAUUUGAAGCCGCAUUUCUCCGAGGGACAUGUGAAGAAGUUGGUGGAUUUGGGGAAUAGUCCCGAGGAGCUGUAUAAGACUGAGGUGGAUACUUAUAUGGAUAUGUAUGUUACUGAUAAGGUUGGGCCACAGUAG